AUGGCUGAAACUACUUUAAUGCCCUUCUCCAUACUUCCGUCAUGCGCCUAUGAAUGCGUCCAUCUCUACGAUGCCAACGCUGCCUGCGUGCCGCCGGCCGUGACAACAGCUGCUCUGGUCACGUAUGCCAACUGCUUUUGUAGCGACACCCGAGUGGCCCCCUUCAGCACCGGCACGGCUGGUGUUUGCGACACGGCCUGCACCACAGAGUCGGGCGGCCUCGGGAGCAUUCACACAUGGUUCUCAAGCUUCUGCUCGGUCAAUGUGGCUGCCUACGAGGCGGCAGCCACGACCGGAGCCGCGGCCACGGCUGCUACCUCCGGCACUGCCAACCGCAAUGGCACCAGUUCGGACUCCGGCAAGGGCCAAUCGACCGGCCAAGCAUGGCUGUCAUCGCACAAGCAGUGGGUUGCUUUCAUCGUCAUCGUCGUUGUCGGCAUCGCCCUCAUCUGGAUCGGUGCCGCCAUGUGGCGCCGCCGCUAUCUUCGUAACAAGGACCGGCAAUUUGCCCUGGACAAGUCUCUAGCCGCACACUCGAGCGCCGGCCCCAACAUUCCCUCUUCUGGCAGCCAGUCGCAGGCAGACGUUCACAAUCCACAUGUCGGGGUUUUUGCACCCGCGAACCCGAACAUAGAACCCGCCUACAAUACCGAGAAGACACAGCCGGGCAGCACAGAGCGGAGAAGGCCUUAA